AUGAUGUUCAAUAGCUCAGGGGUGCGCUCCAGCAGACGUAGGUUAUUAGAUGGUGUUGCUGUAUCUAUCCUCAGAUACGGCGGCCCAGCUUGGGCAUCGGCGCUUAACGUCGAUUGGAACCUUCAGAAACUGGAGAGCACACAAAGGUUGAUGUGUCUCAAAGUGAUAAGUGCCUACCGCACGGUAUCACGAGACGCAGCCUGUGUGAUGGCGGGGAUGCUAGUCGUACGGGAAGACGAGGAGAGUUUAGAUAUGCGCGGAACCAGAGGAGCCCGUAAAGCCAUCAAAGUCACCUCGACUAUCAAGUGGCAACGGGAUUGGGAUAACUUUUCUAAGGGUAGGUGGACCUAUCGGCUGAUACUGAGCGUAUCGAGAUGA